AUGGCNAGCGUCGCCCCCGAAGGCGAGAAGUACGCCGCCGACGCGCCGGCGGAGCAGAAGAUGCUUCGCGGUCCGCAGCCGGACGGCGGGCCCCUGCCCGACCAGCCGAGCCUCAUGGACUGCGGCGACGGCGCGAGCGUCUGCGGCCACAAGGGCACGAAGGCCUACCCCGCGAACCCGGGCAUGCUCGACGCCGGCGCCGUGUCCGGCACCUACGACUGCCCCGCGGCGCCGUGCGCGUCCGUCUACGUCGGCGCGGUCCCGGCCGUCGGCUUCUUGUGCAUGUGCCCCAAGUGCGGCCCGGUGCCCGUGUGCUGCGCCAUCGCGCCCUUCAACUGCUGCGGCGGCCUGGGCUACGGCGGCACGCCCAUCGACUUCCUGUACCUGCCCACGGGCAAGUGCCUGCCCAAGGGCUGCACGCUCGCGGCGACGUGGUUCUGCAUCCCGGGCCCCGCGCCCUGCUGCAUCGAUUUUCACGACGUGGACACGAUGGUCACGUCCUGGGUCGUCUGCUGCCCGCGGGUCCACAAGAAGCUCGUCCAGGGCACGAUCAUCUUCUGA